AUGCCUUCCUCCGUCCGCCGCCGCAAACGCCGCCGUGUGGGUGGCCACUGGAACUCUUCCCCUUCGCCUCCAGAGUCCAGGGACUGGGCGGCGCUGCCUUCCGACGUCCUGUGGGAUGUGUUCCGGAGGCUGCGGAUCGCCGACAUCCUCUGCGGAGCCGGCCAGGUCUGCGUGGCCUGGCGGCGCUUCUCAAUCGACGAGCGCUCUCUGUGGCGGUGCAUCGACCUGGCCGGCUGGAACAAGCGUCGACGGACAGCCAUGGGCCGCGUGGCCCUGGAGCGCAGCGCCGGGCAGUGCGAGGCCUUCAGCGGCCACGACGCCGGCCAGUUCCUGUGCCGCAUCGCCGCCAGCGCUCCGUCGCUGAGGAGCCUCCAUGUCCGUCCGUUCCGGCGCUUUAGCAUCCAUCGUCCCAGCGCGCACCUGAUCAGCAGGGUCAUCGUGAAGCUCCCGCUGCUGGAGGAGCUCGUGCUGUCGCGCCUGAUCCUGCCCAAUCCCGACGCGUUGCUGGUGGCCCUCCUCGACUACUGCUCGCGCCUCCAGGUGCUCGAUCUCGGCCGCUGCGUCACGUUCUCGCCGACGGCGACAGAGGUGCGGAAAAGAUGCAGGAGGAGGACGAUCAAGCACCUCACGCUGCCACGUUGUGUUCCACAUGUCGAUCCAGUGUACAUCACAGGGGGUUUUGAGUUCUCAAAGUUAUGA